AUGUCUGUACCGCUGUCUAGAGCGUUAAUGAAUAAAGGUCUGAAAGGUGAAAUCGUGAUGAUGGUAUUACAAAAUCAUCAAUCUAUGGUGGCCGUUUACUAUGGAGCGCUAUUCGCCGGAGCAAUCCCGUUUUUAGUUGACUCCAAAAAUACUAUGUAUGAGUUCAGUCAUUUCAUUGCACUUGUUUGUCCGAGUGUUAUCUUUUGCGAGGAAAGCUGUUCCGGUGAUAUCAUUAAAGUCGUAAAUCAGUGGGUUGGUGAACGACCCGAUAUUGUAAUUGCUAGCAGCAGCACUUAUCUGAAACAAUACACAACUGGCUUCAGUGGAGAUCUUGACUCUUUCAGAGUUGCCGAUGUUGACCUUGAACUUCCAGCUGUGGUUUUGCCCACGAGUGGGUCAACAGGACUACCGAAAGCGGCAAUGUUGGGACAUAGAGGUCUGGUAGCGCAGUUGCCAACUCUCUGGACACAUCACGACCAGUUUCCACGGCCGACCGACUUAGUAAUGCUGGUGUCGACGUCGCAGUGGAUGACACACACAAGCGUGUUGACAACUUGUCCAGUGUACCAGAUUACUCUUUUGAUGACGCCCUCGCCGUCAGUUGAUGGUUUUUUAGCGAUGAUUCUCCAAUACAAGCCAACUUGGACCCUUCUUGGGCCUAUGUUUGCAGACACUUUAGCUGGCACAGCCUCUUCAUCCGAUUUCACUUCCUUUCAAACGAUACUAACCACGGGUGCUCAGCCGACACCCAUGGCUAUGAAAACACUCAAGGACAAGUUAUCGCAUAAUGUACACCUGUGCAAUGGCUACGGGAUGACUGAGACCCAUGGGUUCACCACCAUGCCGGACAUGGAAACGCCAUAUCAGUCGUGUGGACGGAUCGUCAACAUCUUUGAUUACAAGUUGGUGGACAAAGCAGGGAAUAGAGUUGGAACGAACGAAAAAGGAGAGCUGCUUUUACGCAGUGAAUCGUGCAUUCUGCAGGGCUACUACAGGAAUAAGGAAGCGCUCGAAGAAUGUAUGACUGACGACGGCUGGUUGAAGACAGGAGAUGUAUUUUACGAAGACAGAAAUGGUCUUCUUUAUUUCGUGGAAAGAAAUAAGUUUUGGUUUAAGUAUUUAAACCAUCAGAUCUCGCCCGAAGAGCUUGAGGUCGUAAUUGGCAAUCUGCCGGGAGUGACGGACGUCCAUGGGGUGGUUAACGCCACUCUGAACGAGAACAAACGCCUCCACGGCGGCGUGGUGCUGGUGGAGCGACUGCCACGGACCCAGAGUGGGAAGCUGCAUAGGGCCCAAUGCCGCGACCUGCUCAACAGCCUCAUCGCUCAGCGGAACACCAUGGACGGUGAU